CACCCCCGGAGCUGGCAACAGACGUCACUUCUCACAGAGCCGUCAGCAACCGUGCCAUGGGACCGUCAGUGAGCACAUCACCUCCUGGAUUCUGGACAUCUCUGGGGGAACCUGCCUUGGGGGAGAAAACAGUCAUCACUGCGGGCAGCACCACAGGCAUCACUGCAGGCAGCAAUGCAGCCAUCACUGCAGGCAGCAACGCAGCCAUCGCAGCUGGCAGCACCACAGGCAUCACUGCAGGCAGCACCACAGGCAUUGCUGCAGGCAGCACCACAGGCAUUGCUGCAGGCAGCAACGCAGCUAUCACUGCAGGCAGCACCGCAGCCAUCGCAGCUGGCAGCACCACAGGCAUCGCUGCAGGCAUCACCACAGGCAUCACUGCAGGCAGCACCACAGGCAGCACCGCAGCCAUCACUGCAGGCAGCACCACAGGCAUCACAGCAGGCAGCACCACAGGCAUCACUGCAGGCAGCACCGCAGGCAUCACACCAGGCAGCACCACAGACAUCACUGCAGGCAGCACCACAGGCAUCACUGCAGGCAGCACCACAGGCAUCACUGCAGGCAGCACCACAGGCAUCACUGCAGGCAGCAACACAGCCAUCGCUGCAGGCAGCACCACAGGCAUCACACCAGGCAUCACUGCAGGCAGCACCGUGGCUGUUGCACGCACAGCCCCAGUGAGCCCAGCCAAGGAGGCAGGAGGCCUCCUGGCCCGAGGCACCACAUCACCAGGGAGACCACCAGCCACCACCAGCCCUGCCAUGGCUUCUGCUUUUGGGACACAGAGGGGACCAGCCACAACACCCAGCAUGUCUGCCCACACCACUGCUGGCCACACAAGUCCUGCCCCUGAGCCUCCCCCCACCCACGAGCUUAUCAUGCCAGCAGCUUUGCUUUACCCCUUCGGCAUGGAGGGAGGGGACCAAGAGUGUGUCCAGAGGACGGUGGAUUUUAACUGCCCCCUAUUCAAGCCAGAGAUUGGGUUCCCUUUCGGAAAGUCACUGCGGGAUGCUGUCUACUUUACAGAUAACGGACAGAUCAUUUUCCCACCCACGGACAACUACAUCCCCUCCAACCCCAACCCACCUCCCCGGGGCUUCAGUGGCCGAGAGGCUUUGCCAAUGGUGGCUGCCUUCUGGGACGAUGCAGAUUUCUCCCAGGGUAUCGGCACCACCUGGUACCAGGAGUACUCCACCCUCAGCUCUACCCGAGACCCUCUUGUCCGUGAUGUGGAAUCAAAGAUUGAGAAACAUCUGAAAACCCCCUACGUGGCAAAAUGGACCUUGAAGGUGACGUGGGAGAAGGCUCCGGCCUACCCAUCCCGGUGGGAUGACACUCAGACGAGCACCUACCAGGCGGUCCUCACCACCGAUGGGAACCGUUCCUUUGCUCUGCUGCUCUACCAGGACGGCGGGAUGCGCUGGGACUACGCCAAGCUGGCUACGGACAACGUGCUGAUUGGCUUCUCCAGCGGCGAUGGCUAUGCCCAAAAUAAUGAGCUGACUCAAAAGCCACCAGCUGUCAAGUACCGACCUGACCAGUACAGCAGCGCUGGCACCGGUGUGCGUGGGCUGUGGAUAUACAGGCUGGACACUCACUCCCGGGUGAACUACAGGCUGCGGUGCCUGGUGUGGCUGGAUGCAGAGCCAGCACCGGCCACCUGGAACACCCAGCUGCCACCAUGCCCCUGCUCCUGGCCCCAGGCAGAGCUGGACCCCCGCUACCGCCAGAGCAGAGGCCCAUCGGACACCUCCGUGAGGAUGCUGCGCACUGCGUCACCCAACCCGGCUGGAGCUGGGGUGCGGUGUCUGUACCGAGAUGAGAGCUUGCUUGAAGGCUGGCAGGAGAGAGCAUGGAGCCUCCCCAUUCACCCUGCCGCUGAUGGGGAGCUGGAAGCAUUUGACUGGUGCUGCCAGCGUGUGGAGAAGCCCCUGUUCUGCACCAGGUUUGCUGAGAAGAGACCAAGGGUCAGCUGUGAGGGAUAUGUGCCACCCACCCCUGCUGGUGCCUUCGGGGACCCCCACAUCACCACUCUGGAUGGACUCACCUACACCUUCAAUGGGCUCGGGGAUUUUGUCCUGCUGCUGGCCAGCGAUGCCCAGACCAGCUUCGUGCUGCAUGGGCGCACGGCCCAGACUGGUACAGCCCAGGCCACCAACUUCGUGGCGUUCGCUGCCCAGUACAUCUCUGCCAUCACCACAACAGUUGAGUGGACCUUGGGGAGCCCAGGUGACAUCCAAGUCCUCCUGAACAAUGAAACCAUCCAGUUUUCCUAUUCCCAAGACAUGGGUGCUGAGGUGUACUACAGCCCUGGUAUCCUGCUGGUCAAUGUCUCCUCCAUCACGGCCAUCUUUGACGGGGCCAUCGCUGUCUCCAUCUCAGCCACCUCCGGGAUCCUCAGCAUGGUCUGCAGCCUUCCCGAUCGAUACCACAACAGCACCAAGGGCCUCCUGGGUGUGUGGGACCACGACCCCGCAGAUGACUUCCAGAUGCCAAAUGGUACCAGCAUCCCUGUGAACAGCAGCGAGGAGGAGAUCUACAGCUACGGGAUGACCUGGGCUGUUGCAAAGCAAAGUCUGUUUGCUCACUCUCUGGACUCACCAAUAAUGAACUUCACACCCAUCUUCUUGUCUCGGCUGCGGCAGGAGAAUGAAAGCCAGUACCAGCUGGCAGCCUUGCAGUGCCACGGCAGCAAGGAGUGCAUCUAUGAUUCUCUGAGCACAGGCGACAUGGCCCUGGGCCUGGCCACGCAGAGCCUCACGGCUGACUUCCAGCAGAAGAAGACAAUACUCAAUGCCUUCCCUCCUGUCAUCACCGGUGACACGUCGCUCACAGCCUUCAGGACAGAAAGGGUCAGGAGGCAGUACCAUGCCAUGGGGGUGGGCGCACGCUUUGUCCCUCACAUCUCGCAAGAGCUCAACAUAUCUGAGAGCGGCACCCUGACGUGGGAGCCCCACAGCACGGCCCCACUCACCAUCAGCCUGGAGGCUGUUGGGUCCAACAACCUCUCUGCCCUCCUUCAGCUCCGCUUCACUCUUUGCAGCUGCAGCAGGAGCCAGGAGUGUGAUUACAGCGACACCGUCAUCCUCGGGGGGUCCUCCCUGCAGCUGGCAGCCUGCAGGUGUGAGGGCGGCUACUCGGGUCCCUUCUGCCAGGACCCUCCGGACCCCUGCACCCAGGGAUGCUUCCCCGGCGUGGGCUGCGACUCGCAUGCCGGCUGUGGCCCCUGUCCGGCUGGCCUGACUGGUGACGGGCGGCACUGCUCAGAUAUCGAUGAGUGCACGCAGGGGACGGUGUGCCCAGGGAACACCACCUGCACCAACACGGUGGGCAGCUUUGUCUGCUCCUGCCCAGCCAGUGAGGAGGGUGAGUAUGGGCACCCUGGUGUGCAUGGUCCUCGUCCCUGUCACCCCCCGGCUCUCAGUGGAAGAGGGGUCCCAUGGGAACCAGCUUGGCCAGAGAGUAUUGGUGCCAUCCUACCCUCCCCUAAUGCCCUCCCACUCCCCCUGCCACAGGUCUCAGCCACCUUGGACUCCCUGGAGGUAAAGGCUUUCCAGAGCAACACCAACAUCACCCAGAUGACAGACAACGAUGGCUUCACCUUUGUGGUGGUGUCUGAGUUUGCCUAUGACAGCCGUGGCACAGUCAUCCAGUUCCUGAACAAGGAGCUGCUGGGGGCCAUCACUGAUGCCUUCAACAAGCAGCGCAGGCAGCGGGAGGCAGGCACACGCCUCCCCUUCCAGCACCUGCACCGGAACAAUGUCACUGACCUGGUGAAGUUGACAGUGGCUGAGCUGAGGCGCUAUUUUCCAUGCAGUCUGUACAGCUACAAAGGCUACCAGCUCCACUAUGUGGGGACCAUUGGUUUCGUCUGCAUCUCCCCUUGCAAGACGGGCUACUGCCAGCACAGCGGCCGGUGCCAGCACCUGCCUGAGGGGCCCACAUGCAGCUGCCUCCCCUUCUCCAUCUUCUCACCUGCCGGUGCCCGGUGCGAGCGGCUGGCUAUCAGCCUCACCGCCUUCAUCGGCAUCUUGCUGGGAGCCCUGGCUCUGCUCUGCCUCCUGCUCGCCACUGCCUGCCUGGCCUUGCACCUCUGCCGCCAGCACCGCCGCCAGCACCGAGGGGCUAAGGAGACCUUCUGGAGGCCACGGACCUUCUCCUCUCUGAUGAUGGCAGGGGAGCGAACAGAGCCCACCCACUCCCCAGAAAGGCGUUGGGAACCCCAGCUCCAGGCCAUCGACCCCUCAGUCCAGAUAAGGAUCCAGAGACCCCUCGUCAGGCCUCCGAGCCAGCCCCCCCAGCAGCCCUAGCCUGCCACCAGUCCUGCCCCAGCACCUCCAGGAGUGAGGAGCCAGCCGCUGCUGCUGGCCCCGGGAAUGCCACCUGUGUGGAGGCAGAGGGCGGGCAGCUGCCUUUAGGGGUCUGGUCUUUGUGGGAGAAUUCAAUCUGGAGGAGGUGGGUUUUUUCUGAACAAAAAAAAAGUGUUUUUUCUAUUGGGUGGCCAAAGCAAGAAGAUUUCACCUUCCCCUGAGGACCUGCAGAGGCAACUGGGAUAGUCCUUGAGUGUGUCUGCACCGGGGUAUGCCUUAGUACAAUGUAACUGGACCUGGCCGAGCCACUGACAGAAGAGUCAGGUGGGGCAAUGCAGUGAU